AUGUCAGAUCAUCUUCGUCGUGAAGCAGAAGAGCUGAAAGAUGAAAAAGCCGAAAAGCAGAGUGCAUUGAAAAUUCGAGAGCUUAAUGACUCGGCCCCUGGAGAACUUUCCCAGGGACUAAUUCAUCUACAAGAGCAACAUAUUUUGAAUUUGAAAAAAGAAAAUGAAGAGAGGCAGAAAUUUGAAAAAAGAGUUGGAGAAAUGAAACAAGAAGAAGAAGAAGAACAUAGAGCCAAUAUAUUGGAGCGCAUCAAGUUAGCUGAAUCUCAAAGUCAGGACAAUUCAAUAAGAUGUGAUGCGGUCACACAAGUUGCUUUGGAGAGAAUGAAAGAAGCUAGACUGAAAUUGGAAGCGGAAGCCAGACAGAGAGAGCAAGAAAUUGUGGAGGCAAAAGCUAAAACUGCUGUGAUUGAAGUAGAUGUGACCAAACGAGUUUUUGAUGAAGUCGAUGCUCAAAAGGAUAAGGACGAAUUUCUUUCUGAAAGACGUGCUCAGGAACUUUUCGAUCAACAUGCUGAUAUUCAGAAAGAGGAAGAACUUGUUUCGGCAAACGAAAGAGCUCAAAAAAAGGAGAAUGCUAAAAUGACAAUAGCCGAAAUUAGAAGCGACUUGCGGGAUCAACAGACAAUGGGAAUGUAUAAUUUGAAUAUUCAACAAAGUGCAGAUGAUAAGAAGAACAGAAGACAAAUCAAUGCAAAAAUAAUGGAUGUGAAAACAUUGUUGGAAGAAUUGGACAGAUGGUUUGAGAGAACUGCAGGAGUGCUCAAUGCGCCUCCAGAACUGUACGAGAAAUUGAAGAGAAACAAGAGAAUUGCUACCAAAAGUCAUCUCGCUAGAUUCUCGGAAAUUUUGAGCUCAAUUUCGACAAGACUCAGUGAAAUUGAGCAGAAUUUGGCUUUGUUGGAACUAGAAGACGUUCAAAUGAAUGAAGUCAUUCGUAACAUCAAAACACAAAUUUCUUCAUUCGGAGAAGUAAUCGCAAAUCUCAAACUGACUCUGGAGCUCGAUGGAAUCCCAAUCGACCCGACGAAAAGUGGAGAAUUCUCCGAAUUGAAAAAAUCAUUGUUUGUAGCUAUCAACGAAAUGGAGUUGGUACCGGAAAACCGUGACGUCAUUAAACAACAGAUACAAGAGAGACAAAUUGAAGCUAUGCCACAAAUUGAAACUCUUGCUAUUCAAAAUUAA